AUGGUGGACGAAACUUCUGCAUCUGCUAGUAUUGACCAACCCUUGCCAUCACAAUUAAUUGAUUCUAGUCAAAAUGAAAUGCCACCUCUUAUUGGACCAACUCCACCAACUCCUCCUCUUGUAGCUAUUGAUCCUGCCUCUAACCUUGCACAAGAUUGUGGUCCAGAGAAUGUGAGCAGAAAGAGAAAAGAGCCUGCAAAAAAGAGUAAACAAUCACAAGUUUGGGAGCAUUUUGUGAAGUUACCUUUGGAAGAAACAAAUGGAGAGGUUAAAGCUUCUUGCAAAUACUGUCAUGCAACUUAUGCUUGUGACCCAAACAAGCAUGGGACAACAUCAUUGAAAAGGCACUUUCCAAAAUGUCCUAAAAACCCACAUAAGGCUACCACAAUACCAAAGCAAUCAAUGUUGAACUACGUGACGCCAAGUGGACAAGGAGGGGGCUUAGUCUCUCAUGUUUUCAACCAAAAACGAUGUAGAAGGGCAUUGGCUGAAUUUAUUAUUUGUGAUGAGAUGCCAUUCAGGAUAGUUGAGAAGUAUGGGUUUAGAAAUUUUGUGAGAGAGCUGGAACCAAGAUUUCGAAUCCCUUCGCGAACAACAGUUGCUAGAGAUUGUUGGCAACUAUACCUUGGAGAAAUCAAGAUAUUGAAGCAAGUGUUGAAGAAGUCUGCAAAUCGUGUUUGCUUGACAACUGAUUGCUGGACAUCUACUUAA